UUCUUUCAGUUUGUAAACAAAACGGAAGUAUUUCUCUACAGCGCCCUCUACAGACUUGGAAGACACUUGGAAGUUGUCUGAAUAGCUUUGAUUUUGAAGCGCAAACCCGGAAGCAGCGUAUGUCGACCUUUUGCGCCCCUCGCCAGGCAAAUCGGCUCCAAAUCCGGAAGUAUUGUUUUCAUCCAUGGAAAUAUGAAAAGGCGCAAAACUAGUCUAAGGGAAAGUGCUGCGUGCAUGUGAGCUGGAUGGUUUUAUUUCGAAGCGCAUAACCGGAACCGGUGUAUUUCUACGUUCUGCAACCAAGAUGUUCCACCUUCCAGCCUAAGCAACACCAACAUACAACCUUCGCCUAAUAAGAUCAAAUAUGGCACAGGUCACCAUGGACUUGCAGAUACAUCUUGCGUGAACCUGUAAAUAAAGCGAGAAUAACACCAAUUCUCCUCAGCAGCAGCAGCAGCAGCAGCAUCCGCAGCAUCCGCAUCCCGCAGCAUUGGUUGGCCGACUUUCCGCAGAGGACAGCGGCUGCACGUCUGACACAGAGCCCGGCGGAGGGAAGGCGGGUGCGGGUGCCGGUGCAGGUGCGGGUGCGGACAGCUCCCGACCCCGCCUGCUGGAUGGACCAAUGGAGCCCAGCUGCAUGCACACAGCAAUGGCUAUGGGGCUGACGUCGAAGAAGGCGUCCGCCCGGAGCGUCGGCGUGGAGAGGAAGAACCUCAUCACGGUGUGCAGGUUUUCCGUCAAGACUCUCCUGGAAAAGUACACGGCCGAGCCCAUCGACGACUCGGCCGAAGAGUUUGUCAACUUUGCUGCUAUCUUGGAGCACAUCCUCAGCCACCGUUUUAAAGGCUCGGCCAGCUGGUUCAGUUCAGAUGGACAGCGCAGCUUCUGGGAGUACAUCCGGCUGGCCUGCGGCAAGGUGCAGAACAACUGCAUCGCCAGCAUCGAGAACAUCGAGAACAUCAGCACGUCUCGAGCCAAGGGCCGGGCGUGGAUUCGAGUGGCGCUAAUGGAGAAGCGGCUUUCGGAAUACGUGUCCACCGCCUUGAAGGACACCAGAACCACCAGGAGGUUCUACGACGACGGCGCCAUCGUGCUGAGGGAGGAGGCCACGGUGCUGACCGGCAUGCUCAUCGGACUGAGCGCCAUUGACUUCAGUUUCUGCCUGAAGGGGGAAACGCUGGAGGGCAAGUCGCCGGCGGUCAUUGACUACACGCCCUACUUGAAGUUCACUCAGAGCUACGACUGCCUGAGCGACGACGAGGACCGACGCAGCGUCGACAGCAGCAACAGCGAGGAGAGCGUCCCGGAGCAUCCUUACGUCCCUCUGGUCACCGACGAGGAGAGCUGGAGCAACAAGUGCCGCAAGAUGGAGCAGCGAUUUAAGAUCGUGUAUGCCCAGAAGGGCUACUUGGAGGAGCUGGUCCGCCUUCGCGAGUCUCAGCUCAAGAACGUCGAAAGCGACAACAAGCGUCUGAGGGCCAAAGUGGACGAGCUGACUUUGCAGAGUCAGCGCGAGAAGGAGGAGCUGGAGGCCGUCGUGCUGGAGCUGCAGGCUCAGCUCUCCUCCCUCAUGCCCUGUGACACGUCCCACCUGGGAAAAAAGCUUUCCGUCCCUCUCGUCAACCGGUGGGCGGCCAUCAGCGACCACCAGGGUGACGUGCAACUCUUCCGCAGAAGGAGCUUCCGCAGUUUGGAGCAACUUUCCACCGAGCUCAGCCUCAACUCGGAUUCUCAGAGAAGCGACGAGAGGCAGAACGGAGACGCGGGCUGGACCUCGGCAGCAAAGGACAACACGCCGUCUAUGUUGGGCCUGUGCGGUUCUUUGGCGUCACUGCCAAGCUCCAAGUCACUGACCAGCCUCAAGUCCAGCGAGUGUCUGGUCAACAUCAGUGCCGAGCCCAGCCCCGCACUGUCCCCCGGCUAGGAGACGCCUUUCCUCGCCUUCCGAUGAUCCUAGCUCAGUCCCACUUGGACCCAAGCGCCAAUGUCUCUGUGAAUGUACAGCAGGAAUUCUGGUCGUUAUUAUUCUCGCUUGCCACUCUUUUUCUCUCCUGCAGCAGCAGCAUUAUUGUUGUUUUUCCCAAAUCACAACCACACAAGCCAGAGAGAGGUCAAGAGUGUAAAAUAAAAACAAACACGCAGCAGUGGAUAUGAUGCAACACCUCCUAGUUCAGCCUAUGUCCUUCUUUGUAUGCUUCAAACCUGGGAUGAUGAUGAUUAUUAUUGUUUUGUGUUGCAAUAAAUGCCUUUUACAUGA